UGAACUCUUUGAGAAGUGUAUGGAGACGGUUCAAAGUUGUCUUACAGAUGCUAAAAUCGAUAAGAAACUUGUCGAUGAUGUUGUACUUGUUGGUGGUUCUUCUCGGAUUCCAAAAGUACAGCAGCUAUUACAAGACUUUUUCAAUGGAAAGGAUUUGUGUGUGAGCAUAAACCCAGAUGAGGCUGUGGCGUAUGGUGCGGCAGUGCAAGGUGCUUUGUUGGGUAAAGGUAUAAAGUCUUUUCCAAACUUAGUGUUGCGAGAUGUUACACCACUGUCACUUGGUAUAUCGUUAAAAGACGAUAUCAUGAGUGUAUUGAUUCCAAGAAAUUCUACCAUUCCUGUGAAGACGAAAAAAGUAUUCCACACAUGUGAAGAUGACCAACCUGGUGUCUCAAUCGAUGUUUACGAGGGUGAGAGAAUGAUUGCAACUGAGAAUAACUUGCUUGGUUUAUUUGAACUUGAAAUUCCUCUUGCGCCUCGCCACCUUCCUAUCAAAGUAUGUUUUGCUAUAGAUGCCGAUGGAAUAUUAACUGUCUCUGCAGAGGAAGAAACUAGUGGCAAUAAGAAAGAUAUUACAAUUACGAAAGAAAAUGGUAGACUAUCAACGGAAGAAAUUGAGAGAAUGAUUCAAGAAGCUGAGAAGUUUAAAGACGAGGAUAUUAAGUUCCAGAAGAAAGUUAAAGCCAUGAAUGUUUUGGAUGAUUACCUCUAUAACAUGAGAAAAGUUAUGAAGGAUGGUAGUGUUACUUCCAUGCUUAGCUCGACGGAUAAAAUGAAAAUCAAUGCUGCAAUGAUUAAAGGAAAGAAUUUGAUUGAUGACAAAGAGCAUCAAGAAACAUUUGUGUUUGUCGACUUUUUGAGGGAACUCGAGAGCAUCUUUGAAUCUGCUUUGAAGAAGAGCAACAGAGGUUACUCUGAUGAGGAAAGUGAUUCUGAAUGAUAAUCUUUUGCUUAUUUCAUUUAUGUUUAUGAAUUUCAGCUUCUUCAUUUAUACUGUUGGACCUGUUUGUUUUGCUUCUUUGAUAACUUGAUCUUGUUUCUUUUAAUCAUA